CAGUGUCUCCUACCUCUACCAUCUUGACCAUCUGCAACACACACGCACAUGUCUGUAUAUCUUCAGAGUCGAGGGCUUGAACCAUACCCAUCAUCAGCCAUGUUCUCCAUGCAGCAACAACACCACUACGCCUACCAGGCGCACCAACCCCAACCGCCCCGUCAGUAUUCCGGCCACGGAACAAGCAGUGCUUUCAGCAGCUCGGCAAACCCUGAUGAGGACUGGACAAAGAUCUCAGAUCUGGCUGAGCGCAGGAGAAUUCAGAACCGCAUUGCUCAGCGCAACUACAGGAAGAAGCUUAAGAAGCGCCUGGAGGAUCUCGAGAGGCGGGCCGGCACAUCAGAUGACUCCUCGUCGUCACCCGGAACAGAAAAGACCAGUCCCGCCAGCAAGACCACAAAACGCACCCAACAACAAACUGCAAAGGCCCAGAAACAGGCCUCGGUGUCGCAGCAAAAACCGGUGCCGGUCAACAAGAAUCAGUUCACACCCCCGAUGCAUCCCGAGGACGACUACACCUUUGGCGCUUCGUACGACGAGAGGGACCGAUCGCUUUCGCACUCGCCGCCCAUGUUCACCUACCCAUCGUACCCCCCUCCCCCCGAGGAGAUGCUCUACGCGCCCGUGCACUCGUACCGGGCGGUGACAACAGAGGCGCCCUACCACGAUUACUAUACAACUGCGCCAGUACCGGUGACGCUCCCCUCUAUGGCACCUUUUAGCGACGCCAUCAAGCGUGAGCCGGGCUAUCCCGGUGCGGACGACACUGUUUACAUGAACUACGGUUAUCUCCCGAGCGUCGACAUGAAUACCGGGGCUCCUUCACCAUAUGACAACAUGCCUCACACUCCUCCUCUGCAACACCCAUACGAUCACUCGGCGAGCUGCUCCGAUUCCGGUAGCUACGAGUACCCUAGGACACCCUUAUCGAUACCUAGCUCCCCGGGCAUGGUCUCGCAACACAUGUGAAGCCUCUCUCUCUCUUCACUUCAUGAUGACUUUGGCCAUUGCCAGUUGUGGGGAUGGUCAGGGGCAAACUUUAUCUAUUCGCUUCUACACUGUACAACUUUUUGGUGCUCACAACCCAUGUGGGAAUUUUGGAGAUUUAGGGGGGGGGGGGGGAUGGACUUAUAAAGGAAAGGGACAAACCGGUU